CUCCUCGUCACGCCUCUUCCCUCCCGAGCCUGCUCCUCGAUUCAAAAUGGGUGCUCAUUCCUGGUGGGGUACUCCCCAACACAAGAUGUCCGGAUUCUACGAAUACGGCACCUCUCCCUUCCAGCUCCGCCCCUUCGCUGGCUUCCUGAACCCCGGCCUGUUCAAGUUUGUCCAGCGCUGCGGUCGAUGGGCUCUGUUCAUCGGCCCUCCCGUUGCCUUCUACUACAACCUGGCUCUGUGGGCUGAUGCCAAGCACGAGUACUACUCUCGCAAGGCCUACAAGAUGUCCCCCGAAGGAAUCGCCGCUGGCCACUAAGCUGUGUCGACCCGACAGUGAAUAUCCACCCAUUCGAUUCCGAUCCCCGUUGCAACAUUCUGCUCUGUGUCAGCCGGCAGUAGCAAUAAACCCAUACUUUUGAUCAAA